AAAUUGCAGCAGAGACGAACCCCAGCCUUCCCCCCUCCUCUCCUCCUCCUCCUCCAACACUGCACUGAGAGAGAGGGUUCAGAGAGCAUGAAGAUCUGAUCCUGGUGGGAGUCUACUGCUACCACUGCUUGCUCCGGACGGCUCUGCCUGAUGACCUGAGAGACACGCGUCGGCCCAGUGAAUCCCUCUCUAUCAGCGGAAACCCCAGCACUUACAGUCCCUCCAGGAGCCAUGACCAGGAAGGUGUUCACCAACACGCGGGAGCGCUGGCGGCAGCAGAACGUCAACAGCGCCUUCGCCGAGCUGCGCAAGCUCAUCCCUACGCACCCCCCCGAGAAGAAGCUGAGCAAGAACGAGAUCCUGCGCCUUGCCAUGCGCUACAUCAACUUCCUGGUGCGGCUUCUGGAGAGCCAGAGCGGGCAGCCCGUGGGCCGUGCGCCCACCUCCCUGCUCACCCUGCUGCGCGGGAAUGUGGAGCGCCUGCACUCCACCCGGCAGUGGGCGCUGGCCAGCGACACCGAGGCGCCCUCCCCGGGUUCCAGCUGUGACAGCUCUGAGGCGUGGUAGGGGGGCGUUGCCCACCCGCACCCCUCACACAAAGCCCCCUCGCCCCCAAAAAACCGGCACGCUGUCCCUCUCCGUGGGUCCCUUCUUGUGAAGAUGAAGGACACUUUUUUUUUGAAGGCUCCCUCUGAUUUGAGGCGCCUAUUCUGCAUGGAUGUAGCUUUGGAUGUCUGCCUCACCACUAGAUCUGAAGCUCGUGAAGCUUGUUUUUUUUCCCAUUUGCAGCCGUAGCUGUGCAGGUCAUGAACCUUUUUUUAAAUCCAAACUCAGAUUUUUGGGCUGGAUUGCCAGUUCAUACCUUAAUCUCUGGUUUUUACAGUAUUGAUGAAAUUUCCUUUUCUGAAUGAAAACUGUCUGAAAUCCAAAGAUUUUGGAGACGAAUAUAUGGCUCUGCCAUCUCAUCAAGGACCAGUGUGACAAAUCAAAAAUGGAGGCCAAAAGGAAAAGCAGAAUCCUGCCCUUCCCAUGUAAAUACAUCUGCAAAGCUGGAUCCAACAAAUGAUUUUAAACGAGUGAUGCAUUUAAAAUUGCAUUCAGUAAAACCUUGAUUGCAGAGGCUAUCUUUGGGGUACAUACUAAAUGUUUAUAGUGUUUUCCCCCAAGUUACAUAUGUAUUGGAGCAUUUUGGGACUGAAGUGAUGGCAAAAUUGACAAUCUUUUUAAAUUAUCUUUCAGAUCUACUGGAUGGACAGAGGACAGAUGUAUUUGUUGUUUUAUACAAAAAAUGUCAUGUAGCCAAAGAUGAUUAUUUGAUCAAUCUUUAUGUUGUGUUUAGAUUUCACACUGUGCGCUUUGUUGUGUAUGUUU